AAUACAUAGCAAACUUGCUUAACAUCCGAGACGAACGAAUACAGACUAAUUUCGCUACUUUAAACGCGUCAGGCCGCCAUAGCGCCGUAUGCUAAUCUCUCUAAUGUUAAGUUUCAUUUAAUACUUUCAUACCAUAGGUAUAUUUGUUCAUGCUGAUGACUUAAUCACUUGGCUCUUUCGAGUUAAUGCAUGGUCCUUUUCAAAUAAAACAAUUGCUCGCAUGGGAAUAUGGGAUACGGACAUCCUUUAUAUCAUUACCUCCUUCAUAAAAAUAUAUAGAAAUGCGACACAAUUCGGUGCAUAUUUUAUUUGACAUUACAUAGCAAACUUGUCCUUUUGAAAGAGGCAUCCUCUGAUCUUACCAUGCUGAAAGAUCCCCCGAUGAGUUUCCGACCGUCACCGACCAAUGCCAGUCACCUUCGGCAUGUUUCGCCUGAAUGGCUGUGUUGUUUUUCUUUUCCUUUAGAAAAAUCGUGUUGCGAUUAGUUCGAAACUGAACGUACAUAGAUAUCCUGGACCUGUAUGUCUCUUUACCGUUAAUAUAAGAGUUCUAUGAGUUUUUAGAGUACUAAGGUGCUAUUCGGAAUAGAUUCUGAAUGGAUUACUGUAUGGCAACUCCAGACAACGAGACAAAAGCAAUAUAUGUUUAUUCAAUUUCAAUAUGCAGAAAAUUAAAUUAUAAUUUAAGAUAAAGUCACAUGUCUCGAAGAAGCCUGUUAUGUCAUACACAGUCGCUUAUUCUACGAGCAUUGUGAAGCCUGUUGUGUCAUACACAGUCGCUUAUUCUACGAGCAUUGUGAAGUCUGUUCAAUUCUAUGCUGUGGCCAUGGAUUCCUACUAUUAUCACGGGACACCAUCCCUUUACUACACCGUAAAAAGCUGCUUGUAUUUUACCAUUGUCGCACUUUGCAGUCCACAUGUUCUGGGCCUCACUGUGCUUAUGUGGAUAGUCGGUAAAACCAAGGAGUUUUUCAGUGGUGAUCCGAAGAGACUUAGAAAGCUUCCAGAGGGACAGCGUCGCACCGUUCUGAUAGCGACUGGUCCAUUUUCGAAGACACUACAUGUAGCCAGGAUAUUAGCAAGAGCGGGACAUACAAUUAUUGUUGCAGACUUUGAGCCGCUUUAUUACACUGGCGUACAGUGGUCGAAAUACGUGGACCGAAUGGCUUACGUCCCAGGGAUUACUGAAGACCAAAAGACCGAACAAAGAUACAUUGAUGCCAUGGUCAAACUGGCGAUGGAUGAGAAUAUUGACUGGUUUAUUCCCGUAAGCCAUAUAGCGUCUGCUGUACCGAACACUCGUGUACAAGAGAUACUAUCGCGUGUGAGGCCCAACAUCAAGACGCUUAGUUUCGGAGACCAUGCGUUGGCGAAGUUGCUUGAUAAUAAGGUCACCUUCUCGGCAAAAUGCCGCGAGCUUGGGCUACCUGUGGCGGAUUUCCAUGUCGUGCACUGCGUUGAAGAUUUGCAGAAACUCAGAGAUGAAGGGAUUUUCAAGGACUCUCACUAUUUUAUGAAACCAGUAAUCACCGUCCCGUUUACACGUUAUAGGAGUGGCUUCACGCGCAUCCCUCAUGAUUUGAAAGCCUUCAAUAAUUACGCGGAGGAGAUCAGAGGACAGCUGACCCGCGAAGCUUUCUUUGUGUGCAAGUUUAUUUCCGGUCCCCAGUUCCUCUCGAAUGCGUUGUGCCGUGAAGGCCAGGUACUAGCAAUCCAAGUUGGCCCCUGCUCUAGUAUCCAUAUAGACUACGACGUCAUAAGUCACCCUGACAUCCGUGAUUGGACGAUGAGGUUCUGCUCCAAGAUGAACAUCACGGGGUUCCUGUGCUUCGACUUUAUUCAGGAUUCUCAGACGGGGCAGGUCUACUGCAUCGAAUGCAACCCAAGGCUUCACUCCUCCAUCGUCUCGUACGGCCAAGACCCGAGGCUUGCCUCUAUUAUCCAGGAAGUAUUAGAGCCAGGCAGCGUCCAGGAAGGUGUCUCGAUCCCGCUAGAGCCAGCCCUGGACACACCUCACGUGUACUGGUUAUACCAGGAAGUGUUCAGGCUCUGCUCUGGUCAAAUCGGUCCUGGGCACUUUGUCGAGAUAUUGUGGCACGGCCGUGAGGCAGUCUGGGAUGCGGAUGAUCCGUUGCCGUUCCUGAUGUUUUACACCGUUCAGCUGCUCUACCCUCUGGCGAAGUACAUCGUGUCUGGCAACCCGUGGGAACGGGUCAAUCCAUGUAUUGGUAUUAUCAAGUGAGCCUUGUUAUCGGCCAACCCGAGUCAAAAGGAAGACAGAGAAGUCUUUUAAGUGUUCUUGUAUAAUUUGUUGUACGGUAUUUUGCAACAACUGUAACAAGUAUCGUAUACAGCUAAAUUUGUCUCCGCUUUAGCUUCUUUAACGUAUAAUCCAUACAAUAAAUCGAUGUAUUCCCACUCA